AUGUUUGUCGUCAAGCGAGAUGGAAGACACGAAUCUGUCCACUUUGACAAGAUUACCUCCAGAAUCUCCAAGCUCUGCUAUGGUCUGAAUCCCGACUUUGUUGAUCCCCCUCGCGUGUCCCAAAAGGUCGUGCAAGGCAUGUACCAGGGGAUCACAACGGUCGAACUCGACAACUUGGCCGCCGAGACCGCCGCCUACCUGACCACCAACCACCCGGACUAUGCCACCCUCGCCGCCCGCAUCGCCAUCUCCAACCUCCACAAGGAGACCAAGAAGGUCUUCUCAACCGUCAUCGAGGACCUCUAUACCCACAUCCAUCCCACCCUCAACCGCCACGUCCCCCUCGUCUCCCAGGAGACCUACGAGAUCGUCACAGAGCACGCCGAGCGUCUCAACUCGGCCAUCAUAUACGACCGUGACUAUGGCUAUAACUUUUUCGGCUUCAAGACCCUCGAAAAGUCCUAUCUCUUGCGCAUCAACGAUGUUGUGGUUGAGCGCCCCCAGCACAUGAUCAUGCGUGUGUCGAUCGGUAUCCACGGCCGCGACAUUGAGGCUGCCGUUGAGACGUACAACUACAUGUCGGAAAAAUAUUUCACUCACGCGACUCCUACCUUGUUCAAUGCCGGAACCCCUCGCCCCCAGAUGUCGAGCUGCUUUUUGGUACAGAUGGUUGAUGACAGUAUCGAGGGUAUCUACGACACCUUGAAGACUUGCUCGUUGAUUUCAAAGUCGGCUGGCGGUGUCGGUGUCAGCUUCCAAAAGAUCCGAGCCUCGGGCUCGUAUAUCGCUGGAACCAACGGAAACUCCAACGGUAUCAUCCCCAUGCUUCGUGUCUUCAAUGACACUGCCCGCUUUGUCAACCAGGGUGGUGGAAAGCGUAACGGAUCCUUCGCCAUGUACUUGGAGCCAUGGCACGCAGAUGUGUUCGAGUUCUUGGAUCUUCGCAAGAACACUGGCCACGAGGAGCUCCGUGCCCGUGACUUGUUCUUGGGUCUCUGGAUCCCUGACUUGUUCAUGAAGUGCGUCCAGGACGAUGGCGACUGGCACUUGUUCUGCCCUGGCGAAUGCCCAGGACUUGACCGUGUCUGGGGACAGGACUUUGUUGACCUCUACAACAAGUACGUUGCCGCCCACAAGUACCGCAAAAUCGUCAAGGCCCAGAAGCUCUGGUUCGCCAUCAUCGAUGCCCAGAUCGAAACCGGCAUGCCCUACAUGCUUUACAAAGAUUCGUGCAAUGCAAAGUCGAACCAAAAGAACUUGGGAACGAUUACUUGCUCCAACCUCUGCACAGAGAUCGUCGAAUACACUGCCCCUGACGAAGUCGCUGUCUGCAACUUGGCUUCCAUUGCCCUGCCCAAGUUUGUCGAUGCCAAGAGCAACCGAUUCGACUUUGAAAAGAUGCAUGAGGUUGUCAAGGUUGCGACCAAGAACAUGAACAAGGUCAUUGAUCGCAACUAUUACCCCGUCCCCGAGGCCGAGAAGAGCAACAAGCGCCACCGCCCCAUUGGUCUUGGUGUCCAGGGUCUUGCCGAUGCCUUUAUUAUGCUCCGAUAUGCCUUUGACUCGCCCGAGGCCCGCCAGUUGAACAAGGACAUCUUUGAGACGCUCUACCACGCCGCCUUGGAGGCCUCGUGCGAGAUUGCCAAGGUCGAAGGACCCUAUGAGACCUAUGAGGGAUCGCCCGUCAGCGAGGGUAUCCUCCAGUACGACAUGUGGAACGUCAAGCCCAGUGGCCUUUGGGACUGGGCCCGUCUGAAGGAGAACAUCAAGAAGCACGGUGUCCGCAACUCGCUUUUGGUUGCCCCCAUGCCCACUGCCUCGACCAGCCAAAUCCUUGGCAACAACGAAUGCUUUGAGCCCUACACCUCCAACAUUUACCAACGCCGCGUCCUCUCCGGCGAAUUCCAAGUCGUUAAUCACCACUUGCUGAACGACUUGACGCAGAUGGGUCUUUGGAACGAGUCGAUGAAGAACCAGAUCAUUGCAGCAAGCGGAUCGAUCCAGGGCUUGUCCGAGUUGACGCCCGAGUUCAAGAAGCUGUACAGGACCAUCUGGGAGAUUCCUCAGAAGUCUCUCUUGGAGAUGGCAGCCGACCGUGCACCCUUCAUUGACCAGUCGCAGUCGCUUAACGUGUUCAUGUCUGACCCCACAGCGAGCAAGAUGACAUCGAUGCACUUUUUCGCAUGGAAGCAAGGGCUCAAGACUGGCAUGUAUUAUCUGCGCUCGCGCCCCGCUGUCGAUGCUAUCAAGUUCACGGUCGAUCAGCAGGCUCUGGUCGAGAGUCUCAAAAAGCAGGCUUUGGUCGCUAAGGCUGUCAAGCAGCAGACUGUUAUUAGCACGACUGGUUCUGGUGUUGGUGGAUCUGGAUCUGCGAAUGGGUUGACCACCCCUGAGAUCGAGUCGCCCAAGUUGGACGAGGAUGAUAAGAGGAGGUUGGAGGCGAUCAUGUGUUCGUUGGAGAACAAGGAUGCCUGCGUUAUGUGCAGCGGAUAA